AUGUCCAGCGCGCCUUGCGCCCGCGCCUUUUCUUCACCUGGUGCUGAUACCCCGGAGAAGGAAAGCCACAGGUGCCUUUCUCUUCCUGCUUUUCAUGCGGUGGCGAAGCAUGCAAACCUGAAGGAAAUAGGGGCUGCAGUCUUCGUCGCAGCGCUGACACGACAGGCCUUGACGCGUCGUCGUAGACGAUGCUUGCGCAGGUGUUGCGCAGAGCAGCAUUCCCGGAACCAGGAGCCAGUGAAUGGUCAGCCUGGAGAGAGGCAAAAUGACUGGGGACGUUGGGCAGCUCUGGCUGUUACCUUUGCUGUCGUGCUUGCAGUUUGGCCUACCGCUGCAGAUGCAGAUGGAGGCUCUCUUGACAUGAGCGGCAUUUGGCAAAAGGCUUUGAACAGUGCAGCCAAAGGUGGUGCAGCCGGACUUGUUGCAGGUUUCCUGCAGGUUCUUAGCUUUAUGUGGCUACGAACAGCCAUGAACUACCAGUAUGCCUCUGGCGGCAGUUUGUCCAUGGCCUUGAGCACACUUUGGGAACAAGGCGGCAUUUCGCGGCUUUACCAGGGAGUGCAACUUGCAGUUAUCCAAGCGCCGCUGUCGCGCUUGGGAGACACCGCUGCCAAUGCUGGAGUGAUGCACUUGGAUGUCGAUGGACUCGAUGGACUCGAUGGACCGAUGUUCUGCAGACGAAUCCCGCGACACGUUGGUUCUUUUUGGCUCGAUUCGCUCGAGGUUCUGGUCCUCAUGGAUUUUUAUUUUCCGGAAGCACCACUUCCGUUAAAGACAGCAGUGGCCUCUACGGCUGCUGCGAGUUGGCGCAUGUUCUUGACUCCCAUUGACACAUUGAAAACCACCUACCAGGUGCGAGGAGAAAAUGGCCUUGAAGUGCUGUUGCGAAGAGUCAAGAAGAAUGGACCUGGAGAGCUCUAUGCAGGUGCUAUCGCGAACUUCGCAGCCAACUGGGUAGGUAAUUAUCCAUACUUUGUGGUCUUCAAUGCUUUGGAUCAGGCAUGGUCGGCCCCAAGUGAUCCGACAAUGCGAAUUGUCCGCACUGGGGUUAUGGGCAUGUGCUCCAGUAUCUCCUCUGACACCGUCUCCAAUUCCUUCCGAGUGCUGAAGACCAUCCGCCAAAGCUCCGAGGAAUCAGAAGGAUAUUUGGAAUCUGCUCAGAGAGUGAUUGAACGUGAUGGUAUCACUGGACUCUUAGGUCGUGGCUUGGAGACACGGCUGUUGGUGAACGUGCUUCAAGGCUUCCUGGCUGCUGCAGUUGAGGGACAAACUCGACGAACUCGUUUAGGACGAAGGUCAAAGCACCUGCGCUUCGGAGCCAUGUGCUUCGGAUCCAUGGAGAGGGCAAAUGCAUUCAAACAGCUUCUCAGUCCUGCUGUCACCACACCUCGAGACGCUUGCGCUUUCUGUCGUGAUGCCCCGCCCGGCCCCGAAGGUCGGCCCGAAUUUCUCAAAACCACCAGACAUUUGACAUUUCGGCUGCAAGGCUCUCAUUUGAAGCGACUUACAGUUGUCCACCUUUUUGGUUGCAUUGGCACCUGGGCCGCAGCUUUUGCCUUGACCCGGCCGUUUUCGACAGAGGACUAUGAGGCAAUGCGUGAAGAUCUGCCGCGGACCCGGGCUUUCUACAAGGCCAUAGACGCACUGGCGCCAGAUUCGAUUGUUUUGGAUCUGGGCACUGGCGCCUUAGCCCUGCUGGCUCAUCGGGCAGCUGCCACCGGUGCUCGACACGUCUACGCAGUUGAAGUUUCCAAGUUUGCUGCAGAAAAGGCCCAAGCUGGGCUCCGUGACAACGACGCUAUCUCUGUCAUACAUGGCCAAUCUCAGGAGAUCGAACUGCCGGAGAAGGUGGACGUGAUAGUUCACGAGAUCCUGGGAGAGAUUGCUAGCCGGGAAGGCGUUGUGGCUUCUCUUCGGGAUGCUGAGCGCUUCCUGUCUGCCGCAGCACGGAAGCGCAGCUGGUCUGUCCCAAGCCGUGCUCGAACCUUCCUGGCGCCAGCAGAAAUGCCAAAUCCAAGGUACUUCGAGGCUUUCAAAGCUCGCACGGGCACCUUGUUGGCUAUGCCAGGCCCAGGAACUCGCAUGCUGCGAUUUCCAAACCUUCCUGUAUCAGAUUGCAUUUUGGCAGAGCCCGAGAUCUUUGAAGAUCUGCAUUGGGGUGAGGGUGAGGAUAAAAUGAAGCUGCACCAGAAGCGCGUGAUGCGAUUCCGCGUGAUGCGAGAAGGCAUUUUAUCUGGCUUCGUCUUCUUUAUCACAGUGCACUUUCCGACUGAGACGAUCCCAGUGAGCUCCGCAGAUGAAGAAAGCCAUUGGGCAAACAGCUUUUGCAUGGUGGAUUGCCCGACGGCCGUAGAACCUGGAGAUAGCCUAGAAGUUGAGAGCGAGGUGGACCUUAGAACUGAUUUGCCGACCUAUGCCCUGGAAGCAAAGUGCCGAAGUCUUGGUGCCACAUUACGUCUUCCAUUGAUGGCAGAUAUGGCAAACUUGAUGACCCGACAGAUCCGAAAGAGCGCUAGAGUCCGCUGGCUGAACUUGAUGACUCCGCAUAUCCCGAGGGGAGUCUUGGAGGGUGCCACAAUGCAAAUCUGCAGUCUCGCUGCAACGGAACAGGAACAGCUGCAGCAAUUUGGAGCAACUAUCUUGAGGGUACCAGACCACUCCAAGGUAUCUUUGUGGCAGAAGGGCCCAGGAGCAGAGGUGCAUUUCGAACUGCAUGUGCCGAAGUCAGCAGGGAAUGAAGCUGCGGAAGGGGUCCUCGCGACAUCCUUCCAGUGUGCUUCUGAUACCCUGGGAAAGGACAAUCUAGAAGCUCUUCCAGAUGAAGAUGGUGAAGGAGAUGACUAUGACAGAGAUUGGGACUUUGACGGUGACUACCCUGGAAGCGAAGUGUUCGAGCUAAAAGGCACUGAGGAACUGGCCAUGGAUUAUGAUGUCUUUGGCAAAUUUGUCAAGAGUGCUCAGAUGGAAAAAGGCCGGUGUUCCUGGAGCAAAAAACUGAGGGCUCACGUCCGAGGAUUGCCUUUACUUGGCAGCAGAUGGGAAGCCGACAUGGUGGUUUUGAGACGCGUCAGGAGCAUGGCAGAGAUCCGCUUGGAUCAGAGGGAACAGCACGAAUGGCGAGUCUACACAGUCGAGAAUAUGCCAUGCAUCAAAGUCCAAAUUGCCGUGGGCCAGAUGAGCGUUGCGGGUGGAGUGGACUCCUCGCUCUACCCCGUGGCCGUCCUAAUUGAUGAGCUUAGGCACGAUGACCUGCAGCUGCGGGUAAAUGCCGUGAAGCAGCUCGGGACUAUUGCCACAGCGCUUGGCCCAGAAAGGACCCGAGAAGAGCUCUUGCCCUUCCUCCAGGAGAUCAUCGAUGAUGAAGAUGAUGUCCUUGUGGCGAUGGCUGAGCAACUCGGGAGAGGUGUAGAUCUCGUGGGUGGAGUUGCGUACUGCCAUGCUUUGCUGGGCCCUUUAGAGGAGCUGUGCAAUGUAGAGGAGAUCACUGUCCGAGAAAAGGCCUUAGAGGCGCUCCGGUCCAUCGCCGGCCACAUGUCCUCGGAACAGGUAAGGCCGCUGUGCCAAGCCUCUCUAGCUCUCAAAGGGCCAUCCUUGAGAGGAAUACCUGGGAAGGAGGGAAGCGGCUUGUUCAAGAUAGGAUGUAAACUUGUAACUUCAUGUAACUUGAUGUAA